CACUCCCGCUGUUUAAUUUUCCUAAAUUUCCUUUUUCAUUUUUUCUGUUACACUUCUCUUUGGUCCGUACCCUCACCUCCAGUUUCUUUUCUUUUGCUCUUCGAUGGAGAAACUGAGGAGAGUGGCGAAUGAGAUCGCAUACGCGCAAAGCUACGCUAAGCUCUCUGCAGUCCACCGCUCUCUCAUUCCAUUGUUAUCUUUCGCCUCCUCUAUCUACAGUGUCGUUCUCUCGUUCCGCUACUAUCUCUACCACCUUGGUCUCUUCUCCAAACAAAGGUUGCCGGUACCUGUGAUUAGCAUUGGGAAUUUGACGUGGGGAGGUAAUGGGAAGACGCCUAUGGUUGAGUACAUGGCUCGUUGCUUAGCUGAUUCAGGAGUACGGCCUCUCAUUUUAACUAGGGGUUAUGCUGGUGGAGAUGAAGCCAAAAUGCUUGAGAGGCAUCUUCUAGGACAAGGGGGACCUACGAAGCUUGGUGUGGGUGCAAAUCGGGCAGCUACUGCUUAUUCAUUCUUUAAAAAGCAUGGGUAUACAGAUCCUCGUGGUAAGACAUGCUCUGGUAUAACCUGCCUUUCGCAGGAUGCAGUGACCUCUCUUGGCGAGGAAAUCAGUGCUGUAAUUUUGGAUGAUGGAAUGCAGCAUUGGAGCUUGUAUCGUGACUUGGAGAUUGUGAUGGUUAAUGGUUUAAGGCCAUGGGGAAACCUUAAGCUGCUCCCACUUGGUCCUUUAAGGGAGCCUUUGGUGGCACUUAGAAGAGUUGAUGUUGCAGUAGUUCACCAUGCUGACUUGGUAUUAGAACGAAAUCUGAAAGAUAUUGAGUUAAUGAUACGAGAAUUUAAAGAAUCUGUGCCUAUUUUCUACACUAGAAUGGCUCCUACACAUUUCUUUGACGUGAGAAAUAUCAAGUUGAAAGUACCUUUAAAAGAUGUCUAUAAUGCCAUCAUAUUAUGUGUUUCAGCAAUUGGUUCAUCUGAUGCUUUUGUCCUUGGAAUGCAGAAGACAGGAGCAUGUUAUAUUGAUCAACUUGACUUCAGUGACCAUCAUAUAUUUCAAGUGAAGGACAUCGAGAUGAUCAUGAAUCGACUUAGGGAACUCGAGUACAAGUUUGGUGUUAAACCAAUUGUUGUUUUAACAGAAAAGGAUUAUGAUCGAGAUCCAGAGAUUCUCAAGCAUUUGCAUCCUUUCAGAGUCUUGAUACUCUGUUCUCAGUUGCAAAUUGUAUCUCAUCAAGGAUUCAAUGAAGAGAGCUUCAAGUUGCUACUGAAAAAGUUGUUUGGAGUUCAAUAGUUUGGCUCAAAUAACAUGUAAGAUUUUAGGAAUCAUUUUCUUUUUCUUGAUAGUAAUUAAUACAUAAUAGAAAAAUUAUUUUGUAUAA